GUCUGGAGCAACUUUGCAGCUCCCAAAGAGACAAGGAGAGGGAGAGUGAAGGAACCACGUAAACACACAGAACUACAAGGCGAGAGGGAUCCAAAGCGGAAAGCAAAACAUCUGAAGUGGGGACUAAAGUUCCUUAAGUGACGUUAUCGCUAUUUUAUUCUCAACAAGACGCAGCAGCAGCAGCAGCGACUUUGUUCCUUGUUCUGAAGAUGCCGUUUUUGGGUCAGGACUGGAGGUCUCCCGGACAGAGUUGGAUCAAGACCGACAACGGCUGGAAAAGGUCCAACGAUGAAACAAAUAAUAAUGUAACUCCACUGAACAGUUUCUGUGAUGAAGAGGAGUUUAAUAAGGAGAACUUUUUGAACAGCGUUGGCUAUGACGUGAUGACAAAGAAGAGAAAGAAGGACCUCCUGAAUAACAAUACGAAGAUCCAAUAUUUCCACCAAGAGACUUGGAUUUCUGUUCACAAAGGAAGCACCAAGGAGCGCCAUGGAUAUUGCACCUUGGGCGAAGCUUUUAACCGUUUAGACUUCUCCAUUGCAAUUCUUGAUGCCAGACGAUUUAACUACGUUGUGAGGCUGCUGGAGCUCAUUGCAAAAUCCCAGCUCACAUCCCUCAGUGGGAUUGCCCAGAAAAACUACAUGAACAUUCUGGAGAAAGUCGUACAGAAAGUGCUUGAAGACCAGCAGGAUAUUCGACCAAUUAAGGAGCUGCUGAAUAGUCUCUACACGACCCUCUGUGCGCUGGUGAAUGGUGUGGGUAAAUGUGUACUGGUGGGAAACAUUAACACCUGGGUCUACAGAAUGGAGGUCAUUAUGCAUUGGCAGCAGCAACUAAAUAAUAUUCAUAUCAUCAGGCCUUUGUCUACAGGGCUGACCCUCACAGACCUACCAAUGUGUCUGCAAUUGAACAUCAUGGAGAGGUUGUCUGAUGGAAGGGACAUAGUCAGUCUGGGACAGGUGUCUCCAACUCUGCAAGUGCUGAGCGAGGACCGCCUUCUCUGGAAGAGACUGUGCCGCUACCACUUCACAGAGCGUCAGAUUCGCAAACGUCUCAUUUUAUCUGAGAAAGGCCACUUGGACUGGAAGAAGAUGUACUUUAAGCUUGGGAGAUGCUACCCAAAGAAAGAACAGUAUGGGGACACACUGCAGUUCUGCCGACACUGUCACAUCCUCUUCUGGAAGGACACAAAUCAUCCUUGCACAGCCAAUGACCCAGAAGGUUCUUACACUUCUGUCUCACCACUUGACUUCAUCAGUCUCUUCAAGUUCUGAACACAAAGAUUCCAAGAACUCCCACUGCGGAAGAGAAUCCCGCUGGGAAUCGAGAACUGAGCUACUGACUUUAUAUACUUUGCUUUUAAAUGUGUAAAUAAUGUACAAUAAUAUUUAUACUCCCCAUUGUACAGUGAAGCUGACAUAGAGAUGGAUUAAGUCUGUUCUUUUUUAAUGUAAAAGAAAAGAUCUAUAGUUUGUAAAUAUCGCGUAGGGUGAUGCUGGGAGAGGAAGUUAAUGAAGCAAUUUUUUUUUAACCUGA